UAAUACAAAUAACUUGACCUUAACCAACUAGCUUAUCCUUUAUUUGAUUAUAAUAUAAUUAAAAAAUACAAAUUUUCUGUAGGAUUUAAAUAUGACUAUAAUAUAAGCCACUUAAGCUUUAUAGUCCUAUCAACUUCAACGAUAUAUUUUUAUUAUAUAUUACUUUAUCAAUUAUGGACAUGCUCAUUUUUCAUAUGUAUGUUGUGUACAGCUGAAGAAAUACCUAGUGAAUAAAUGCAUCAAGCUUAUAUAUUUAUAUGAAUAGCCUACUGAAUUAAAAAGCAUGGAAAACGGCAAUGAAAUUGCAAAUUUUGAUUCUAAUGAAAUUCAAAUAAAUAAAUCUAAUGCUGUGGUCAACAGAAGAAUUGAACAUUUUUUAAAGAGAAAAAGAGAUGAAAACCAUGAUAGAAAUAUGAGAAUGUAUUGUAACUCAAAAUCUAGCAGAAAUCAUUCUAGUGCUUCGAGAACAUGUAAUACAAUAGAAGCUAAACGUCAGAAAGGAUCUGAAUGCUUUGUUAAAAAGACAAAAGUGCAGAAUAAUUUAGGACCUCUAAAUAAUGGUGGUUUAGACCUAGCUAGCUUAAAUAGUUACAAUUUAUCAAAUAAUAAAAGUUCUGUUGGAUUAAAACCAGAUGUGCAUGAAAGAAUAUCAAACAUAGAAACAGUAUUGAAUAUUAAAAGUGAUUGUAAAAGUACCAUUGAUAUUUAUGAUAGAUUAAAAUCAUUAGAAGAUCAUGUAUUAAAAUUGGAAAAUAUUUUAUUAAAUAUCAAUGAAAAUUACUCAUUAUCAAAUGUUUUUUCUAUCGACCAAGAUACAGGAGUUAUAAAACAUAAUUUAAAGACUGAUGUUUUUAUAAGACAGAAAUUUGUCCCUGAAGAUAAUUCAACAAGAAAAGAAAUUUUGCCAACAAAAUCAAAAUAUUCUGCAAGCGAUAUACAAGAACUCAUUAACAGUAUCAAAAGAAAAGAAAAUAUAAUUUAAAAUUAAUAAUAAAUACAAUAGACAUUAUUUUCAUCUUGUAAAAAUAUAUUAAAAAUA